UCCAAUUGAUUGUCAUCAGAAGUAGUCCAUGAUCAAUAACCAGAAUGCAUUUGGAAACUGGACUUAUAUUUUGUAUUUUGGGACUUGCUCUCCAAGUUCAAGGAUCCCAAGAACCUCUCAUUAAGGUAAACCAUGUCAAAUCCAAGUACAUGGAAGAUGCUUCCAGUUUUGACAAUACAGAAAGAACAACAAAGGUAUCCAGAGUGUCAACCAUCAGAAGGAUAUUUGAUUUGGCAAAGCACCGGUCCAGAAGAUCUGUAUCUUUUCCAACAGGGAUUAAAAUCUGUCCACAGGAGUCAAUGAAACAAAUUUUGGCCAAUCUCCAGGCUUAUUACAGACUAAGAGUCUGUCAGGAAGCUGUGUGGGAAGCCUAUCGAAUCUUCCUGGACCGUAUCCCUGACACGAGUGAGUACCAGAAUUGGGUCAGUGCCUGCCAGAAGGAGACUUACUGCAUUUUUGACAUUGGAGAAACCUUCAUCAAUUCUCAGGAGCUCCAGGAACUUCUCCAGCAGCGAUUAAAGCAUCAUUUCCCUGAGAGAAAAGAGGAAAUUCUCACAGAGAAGGCAAUAGAAAGUAAAAAGUCUGAAGAAAUCCCUGUGCUUCCUACAGUCUCAGCAGGUGCUGCUAGCUUCUCUCCACUUCCCUUCACAUCCACUCCUAAUGGCUCACUUCUCAACAAACUUUUCAAUGACACAAAGACUCCUGUGAAGGAUAUAGAAACUGAAAUCACUAAUAUCAUAUCAGAGGGACCAUUGGAAGAGAUGUUAGAAUUUAGUGUCAACCUAGCAGAUCAGAAAUUUAAGGCAGAACUGAAUGAUCCAAGAUCCCCAUACUACCAGGAACUAGCAGGAAAAUUUCAACAUCAGAUGCAAAAAAUAUUUAAGACACUUCCAGGAUUCAAAGAAAUCCAUGUUUUAGGAUUUAGACCGAAGAAGGAAAGAGAUGGCUCAAGCAGCACAGUUGCUCGACAGCUGGUGAUCUUUAAGAGAGACAGAUCAGAAAGAGGAAGGCCCAGCGGCAACCUGUCAACCAUUCACCCUAAUGAAAUUGAAAAUGCAAGCAAGCCUGGGAGCUUGGAGGAGGAAGAACCUCAAGAAAGCAGUCUCACCUCAGCAGGGCUGCAGCAACUAAUUACCACAGCUCUAGAGGAAGACAAGUCUCUGGAACUGGGAACAAUUCAGUUUACUGAUGAAAUUGAAAAGCCUCCAGAGAGCUUGGAACAUGACACCCAAUCAGUAAUGACUACUACCCUUGCUGAACACUCAUUGGAUGCUACCUUGAAUCUUGGGUUUACACUUGGUCACCCCAAGUCUGAGACAGAAGAAAGAUCAGAGCAAUAUUUAUCAAGUGAAUUCCCUAUUUCCAAGACAGCUGAUGAAACUCUUGUGAGCCCCGUGAAUUUGACUCCACCAACCCUUCUGACCUAUGAGCCAUCAGUGUUUCCAGAAGCACCUGAAUCUGGAAAGGAAACUGUAGGAGAGGACGCUUUGACUGAACACCAUUCUGAAAGAGUUCCCAGUGCUGUGGAGAGUACUAAAGGUCCUUUCUUGAUAGAUCAAGAAAUAGAAGAGGAGCAAACAACUGGCAUCACAGAACUGCCUCAUCUAGGAUUCAGUACUGAGGGUCUAUCUGGACAAGGGGAACUUCCAAGUAUAAUGGAAACAUCAGGUGAUGUUGCAGAAACCACAGACAGUCUUUGGUUUACUCUCAGCCCAGCAUCUCCCACCCAAAUGGAAUCUUUGCCAUUUUUCACUGAAUGGAGUGAGUUCUCUCAACCUGAACAAGCAGGGACAUUUCCCAUUGAUCAAGAAACUCAGCUUCCAGUGGUAGCCAGUCCCUUCUAUGGUCAAUCUACUUCCAAAACCACAAUUUCCUCAGGUACUGCAGGAAGCAGUACACACAUUUCAGGUACCCAGGACAGCACCCAAGAGCUUGACAGAAUGGAUGAGGUGAUGGUGGACACUGGCUAUGCUUUUACCCCAGAAGCCAGCUCGGUAGAUACCGCUUUAACCACCACCUUGAAAUACAUUACUACUAGCUCUAUGACGACAGCUGGCAAAGGGAAAGAAUUGGUAGUGUUCUUCAGCCUGAGAGUCACAAAUGUGCCCUUUUCUAAUGACCUCUUCAAUAGGAGCUCUCAGGAAUACCAAGACCUGGAGCAACAAUUCAUACAGUUGCUGCUUCCCUAUCUGCGAUCCAAUCUUACUGGAUUUAAGCACCUGGAGAUUCUCAACUUCAGAAAUGGGAGCGUGAUCGUGAAUAGUAAGAUGAAGUUUGCGAAGUCAGUUCCUUACAACAUCACAGAAGCAGUGCAUUGUGUAUUGGAGGAGUUUUGUUCCACUGCAGCCCAGCAGCUCAAUCUGCACGUAGACACUUAUUCUCUCAACAUCGAGCCAGCUGAUCAAGCGGACCCAUGCAAAUUCAUGGCCUGUGAUGAAUUUUCACAGUGCAUAAAGAAUGAAUGGACAAAAGAGGCCAACUGCCUUUGUAAGCCAGGCUACAUCAGCCAAGAUGGACUGCCCUGUCAAAGCCUGUGCAACGUGGAUCCAGGCCGUUGUGUGAACGGAGGAAAAUGUGAACUGGUUCCAGGAAAGGGAGCUGUUUGUAGGUCACCAGAUCAUUCUUUGAUACCAGAAUUGACAAGUUAGGAUCAGGAAUGCUGAAUUUCAAGCAACAACAAGAGAACAAGGUAUGGAGAACCGAAUUUUGAAUUACCAAUCUUAGGAUAGGAAGAUUCAACCAUCUGACCUACAGUUGAAAGAGCUUGUAAAUCUCAAUGUUUUCAAACACCCAGGGGAGAGAGAGAGAGAGAGAGAGAGAGAGAGAGAGAGAGAGAGAGAGAGAGAGAGAGAGAGAGAGAGUGUGUGUGUGUGUGUGUGUGUGUGUGUGAGUGACCACUACAAAUGCAAAACACAACUUGUCUGUAACUUAGUUGACAGUCAAUUCAAGAAUUGCUACAGAAAAGUUCAUCACCUGGUGGCCACACAGCUAGGUUGGUAAUCAGACAACAUAUAGUCAAUAAAUAUAUACCAAGUGCCCCCUCCCCACAGUGAAAUCAUAUCCAUUAUAUUAACAAAGGCAGUAGGAAUUAUUUAUCACCAGACCCAACAUUAAGAAAUAGCAUUUAUACAGUAUUGCAUACACAGUAGGUAUUCGAAUAAAUUCCUGAUGUUUGAGAAUGAUAACAAUGUUGUUGUACUGGGAGUCAGAAGACCUUGGUUGUAACUGACAUUCUGUCCCUGACCUUAAGUAAAGAAAUUGACCUCUCUGGGAACUCAGUUUCCUCAUCUGUAAAAGUAGUGGGACUGGAGGUUGAAUCAAGUCUUUUGGAUACCCCUCAGGUCUAGAAUUAUGUUUCUAAUAUAAUGGUUAAUACAGUAUUUCCAAAAAUUCUUCAGAUUACCAAUCCCUCUACCAAUUACAGAUCACAACCUCUAUUACUGGAGGGUCCCCAAGAACUGCUAUUGUUAGCAAGUACAUCAUUCAAAGGCCAAACUCAGCAAUCAUCUUCAGAAAACUUGGCUAAAUUGGUCUAUGGCUAUGAAGUCUACCAGAAGGCGUACAAGUAAAGAUUUUGUAGCUAGGUAGGGCCUACCAGAGCUCUGGCAAUAACAUAGCCAUAGAGAACCCAAUAUCAGCUCCAUGAUACAAUGAAGCAUUAGAGUAGAACUUUAAAAAGGUGUCCAGUAUUAGAUUAGGAAAUAACAAGAGCUCACAAUAAUGUGGUAUUCUAUGAAGCACUUUCUUCAUAUUAUCCUCAUUUUACAUAUGAGGAAAUUGAGAGAAGUUAAGCAACUUGUCCACAAUUGCACACCUAGUAAUGAUUAGAACUAACACUAGAACCCAGGUCUCUUGACAAAAAAUCUAAUGCUCUUUUCAGGCUAUACAAAAAUAUAUACAUAUUUUACAGUGCAAAAAGCUGAAUAUUUGCAAGCUCUACCCUAGAAAAGAGAUGAAUCUUCUGCAGUACAUUUGCAUGCUAAGGGUAUAUACCUUCCAAUUAAUACUCAAUAGUUUAAAGUACACACAAGUCUACAUAAAACAAGCUUAUGCACCAGAUAGAUUUAGCUUCAGUCAUUUCUGGGGUAUUUAAAAAAAGUAAUUGGGACAUUUUAGACUCAAUUAUCAGAGAAAUCCCACUUGUCCUUUUACUCCAUGUACAAUCCUACUUUCAGAGAUUAUACAAUUAAAAACUCACACCAUACUAAUUUGAAGACGAUGUUUGCAGUAGACAAACCAUAAGGGAAAGCUUACGAAGCUCUUCUUUCAAUUAAAGAACAUAGUAUAUUAAAGAGCACAUUUUUCCUAUUUUUGUAACUUUUUAUCUCAAUUUUAACUGGUAUCAUAAACAUGUUUUAAAUGUACAUUUUAAUGACAAAUUAAUCCUCAUUAGCCCUUAUCAAUGUCAAAUAUGAACUAUUUCCAAAUAAAUUUGUUAUAAAUAGGCUUUUCUUUCAAUAAAAUAUGCCUGUUUCUUACACAUUGGUCAAUUUAUCUUGAAAUGAAUAUCAUCCUGUUUUAUUUUCAGCUUUUAAUGAUUUUAGACAUAAUUUGUAAAAAGCUAUUAUAAUCAAAAGACAAUAAAAUAUUAAAUAGCAGCAUCAACAAUCUCAACUAAAAUCUUUACAAAUGAAGAUAAUUAAAUUUUCUAGUCAUACAACACUCCCUUUAGAAAAGUCAUCCCUCCAACUGUUAUACAACUUUCUUUUCCUCUAAAAAACAGACUAUAAGUGCGCUGAAAACCCACACAAUACAAGGCAAAGUUCAACAUGGGAUAUAUUUAUUAUUUGCAAUUUUCAGUACAUCAGUAAAAUAAUUUUAGGAAGCAUCUAUUUUGAUACAUACUUUGAAGAAUAAGAUUAUAUAAUUCCUGCAAUUGAAAAGCAGAAAAUUUAGCAAUGGAGAAAAAAAGGUAAAUUCACAAAUUACUGUCUGUGUUUUAAAUGUGAGCUUCUGGAUAGGUCUCACACUUCAGUGACAUGGUGGAGAAUCGAUCUACUUUUAUAUAUAUAUAUAUAUAUAUAUAUAUA